GCAUUAUGUUCGUCGCCUGGUCAAAAAGUGCGUAAAUACUCGCUGUAACUGUGUUGUGCCACCUGGGAGCGGUAAACGCACCGCUAUUGAACUGAAUGAACGGCGGUGACGCACAAGCUUCACGAUUGAACCGGAUCAGACAGACUCUGGCGUGUCGUGCGUGUGUUGUCACAACUUAGCUGUGCUUGUCACCGUUACCGGAGUCGGUUGUCCAUUCAAGCUUUAACAAGUUUCGUCGCAUUCAUUUUGUGCAGUGUUCGUAUGCGUUGAAGUGCAGAAGAGAAAACGGGAGGCAUGUGAAGUCAGUGUCACUUUCACCAGAGAUGGAGAAUUCAGUUGAAGAUGAGUGCGCUGACUCUGGAGCGGAGACCGGAGGCUGUGAAUGAUGAAAAGAUGCAUCCUGGUUUGUUUAUAGGUCUGACUACAGUCUUAUGUCAUCAGCAAGCAGUGAUUUGUCCAUGGGGGACCUACAGGAUCCUUUCCUAGUUUCUAUCCACAUCAUCACUGACCCUGGUCAGGCUAAAAGGCUCCAGCAAGCUGCUGAUCAGGUUCUCUCGUGGCUCCACCCUGAUCUCACCCUCUUCAGGGUGUCAGAACGGGCAGGUGGUCUCUCCCGAAAGCCCAAGGUCCGCCUGCAACGCAUCACUGAACCGCCAUCACACCAGCCAGCCUUAGCUGUAAUCCUGUUUCUACAGGAUGAAUAUGGAGGUGAAGAGAGUUUUGAACGUCUCCACAGUCAGCUUAGAUGCCCUCCGUGGCGAUACCACCACACAGAGCGGGUGAACGGGCGAGGGCUCUUGCCAUUUUCGCCAGCCAGCCAAGACUUUGUUACACUGGCACCAGGCACACCUCUAUGGGCACUUCGUCAGGUGCACUAUGGCAAAGAGAUUGUACGCUUUACAGUCUACUGCUGCUAUGAGACCUACACCGAACAGGUGCGUCUGUACAGGCUGCUUCUGCGCCGAAGGCUGGCCCAGAAGAAGGAGGAUUUCUGCUUCUGUGUGGUCUACUCCAACCCUGAAACAGAAAUCCAGCUGUCAUUCAAGCGGAUGCCCCGUGGCCAGAACCCCGUCCCCACUGAAAAUGCUGUGAUGGAGAUUCGUGUGAGGGAUGUCGGUGAACUUGUGCCACUGCUGCCAGAGCCCUGCACUCCCAUCAGUGAUGUCCGCUGGCAAACCAGUGAUUAUGACGGAAAUAAAAUAUUGCUACAGGUUCAAGGUUCACGGUAUUACCGCAGACACACUAUUGCAAAGUUCUAUCACCUUCCUACUGAUGAUCCCCCGGUUACCUCCCCUCCUCCACCCGAGCCGCCCCCUCCACCUCCUCCACCAUACGGCCGCGGGCCCGCCUCCUAUCGAAACCGCCGUUACCACCGGAACUCAUCGCGUUCGCGGACCCAGACCCUUCCAUCGCCAGUCACACACACCUCCAGGACGUCUCCGCCUACGCUGUGUGAUCAGGAUGGCCACAUGGAGAGGCUCCAGAGGGAUGUGGAGCUCUUUCGGGCGGGAUGGACAGGCCACCGCACACAGUCUCUCUUUUCUCUGCCUACAGACGAGUCCCGCUCCUCGUGUGCCUCUCCGUCAAGCUUCCGUCCUCGCUGCUUCUCUUCCAUGGCUGCUCCAAUUUUCCGUGUCAAUGUGGAUACGCUAGUGGGAGCCGAAGAGACAGAUGUGGACACGGGACAAACCAUCAGCGGCAGCUCUGUGGACCUGUCAGUGGUCUCAGGUUAUUCCCAUCCACAGCUGAGGCCCCAUUUAAAGGCCCCAGCACCGCGACCCAAGUCUGCUCCUCCAACAGAUGGAGGUCUUGACUUUGCUGAUCUGACCUAUAAUAAUGCCUCCCCCAUAAGACAGACUCCUGUGCUAUCUAGAACACAGAGCAUCUUUCUAAAAUCCACACCUUGUGUAGUACACAAACCACAGCCAAAGAAUGUGAAGGAUGUGUUGCAAGGACAGCAGAACAGCAAUGGCAUUUUGACAGUAAAUGAGUGUAGUCAAGAAGGCACUGUGGAGGAAGAGCAAGAAUUUUAUAUCUGACACAUGCAGGAAAAUCAUCUCAUCAGCAGGUAUCCAGGACUGUGGGUAAAGAAAAUGGAAAUUUUGAGGUCUUCUAUAAUUGCAAGCAGCUGAGUAUUUGAAUGUGAAAAACCCUUAAACAGAUCGUUCGCCCAAAAAUGAAAAUCAUCUUUCAUCAUUUACUCACUCUUAUGUCGUUCUAAACUCAUAAGACACACCUGAAACACAAAUUAUGAUAUUUUAAUGAAACCUAAGAUGGUUCUGUCCCUUAAUUGAAGUCCAAAACUUCAGGUCAUAAAGGCAUUGACAAGUAAAUCAAUCAGUUUAAUCAGUAACCAAUAAUUGUGGUUUAAUAAGUCUUGUGAAGAGAUAUGAUCACUUUAUAUGAUGAGCAGAUUUAAUUAGGUAUUUUUUCACAUAUAAACACAUAUGGUGGUCACUUGAGCUCAAAUAUGUGCACACACAUGCACAUUGACUUUUAAUGGAGAGACAGAAACUUAAAAAUAUCAAAAUAUGUGUUCCGAAAUUUUACGGGUUCGGAAUGACAUGAGGGUGAGUGAAGGAUGACAUUUUUUCAGGUGAAUAUCUUAUUUUUUAAUUGAACUGUAUUUAAGCUUUGUUCUAUAGCACAUUUGUUUUAUUAGAAACAGGCCAUGCUUAAGAAUGUGCAUUCAUAAUGAAAGACUUUAAGACUAAAUCAAAUUGACGUGUAUUUGUUGUAUGUUGUGGUAUUCUGUAGUGUUUCAUAAUACUGUAGUUGUAAUAACAAUAGAGCUUCAUUGCUUAUGUCAGAAAGCUCAACGAAGAAUAUAACUAUGCCAUCUAGUGGUUGAACAUGGCAAAUGUACAGGUGCUAGACACUUGUCAUGCCACAAGGAGUCAAUCAUUAGAGAAAAUACUGAAAUCUGUACAAUUUGUGCAGUUUCACCAUUUGUUCUGUAUAAGAGUUGAAGAAAAUUGUUUCUAACAUGUAAUAAAUAUUAUUAAUAAUAAUUAAA